AUGAUAGAAAGUGAAGAUAUAAUUACAAAUAAUCAAAAUAAAUGUACACUUCAUUCAAAUAAAAAUUUAGAAUUUUUAUGUUUGGAUUGUAAAUUUAUGCCAUGUUGUAGUCUUUGUAUUUCUCGUAAAGGUGAACAUCAUGGUCAUAAAACUGAUUUAUUAGAAUCAUCAGCAUCAAAUAUUCAUUCAUUGAUUAAUGAUUUUAAAAAUAACGUUUAUCCAAAAUUAAUUGAAAGAAAAGAAAAUGAUCAAAUAUUAUUAAAAGAAUCAAAUGAUACUUUCAAACAAAUUCAAUCACAAUAUGAUAAUAAUAAUAAUUUGUUAAAAAAUGAAUUUAAAAAAAUUCACAAUAUACUUUCAUUAGUUGAAUUCGAUAUUGAAAGACAACUAUCAACAAACUUAGAUAAAAAUAUAUUAGUGAAUACAAUUAUAACUUCUUCAAUCGACAAUGAUGAUAAAAUAGUUUCAAUAAUCUUAAACAAUAAUAAUAAUAAUAAUAAUAAUAAUAAUAGUAAUAGUAAUAAUAAUAAUAAUAAUAAUAAUAAUAAUAAUAAUAAUAAUAAUAAUAAUAAUUCAAUUUUUGAUAAAUUAAAUCAUUUUUCACAAAUUUAUAAUCAACAAGACAAUGACAACAAUGAUGAUGAUGAUGACUAUCAAAUUGAUACAUAUACUAUUGAAUUAAUUAAACAAUAUCAACAAUCAUUAUUAAUAUUAAAUAAUAAUAAUAAUAUCAAUAAUUUUAAUAAACUAAAAGAAUAUAAUAAUCAAAUCUUAAAAUUCGAUAAUCACACAAUUAAUAAUAUUAAAAAUAGUUUUAAAUCAAUAUACUCUUUUGUUGAUAAUAAUAAUAAUAAUAAUAAUUUAAAUAACUCAAUCAAUGAAAAUAAAUUCAUCAACAUAUGGAAUCACGAUUUUUUUAUAUAUUCAGAGAAUGAUGAAUCAUCUAUAUUGUCUGGAGAUUUCGAAAGUUUAGCAUUCAAAGACAAUUGUGACAUCUUAUCAAAAGUAAAAAAAUUACCAAACAAUGUUAUGCUUCUUAAUGGAUUCAAUCAAAAAUUAACCAAAGGUAUAAUACCAGUGGGUAUUAAAGAGUUACAUAUAGGUGAUAUAAAACAAGAAUUAAAUAUUGAUUCAAUUCCUAAUACUGUAACAACUGUUACUUUAUGUAAUGGAUUCAAUCAAAAAUUAACCAAAGGUAUAAUACCAGAAAGUGUUAAAGUGUUGGUUUUGGGUGAUAUAAAACAAGAAUUAAUAAUUGAUUCAAUUCCUAAUACUGUAACAACUGUUUCUUUAUGUGAUGGAUUCAAUCAAAAAUUAACCAAAGGUAUAAUACCAGAAGGUGUUAAAGAGUUGUUAAUAGGUAAUAUAAAACAAGAAUUAAUAAUUGAUUCAAUUCCUAAUACUGUAAAAACUCUUACUUUAUGUGAUGGAUUCAAUCAAAAAUUAACCAAAGGUAUAAUACCAGAAAGUGUUAAAGAGUUACUUUUUGGUGGUAUAAAACAUGAUUUGAUGAUUGGUUCAAUUCCUAAUACAUUAAACAAUGUCUAUAUUUUGAAAAGUUGUAAAAAAUUAAUUGAAUCUUUUGUUCCUAAAAAUGUAAAAAUUAUAGUUAAAAUAUCAGAGGUUCCCAAGUGUUUUUUCAUAAAUGUAUCCUGA